CGCAUCAGUUGCAUGAUAAUUAAUAGAUAAAGCUAAAGUACACAUUUUUCGCAUUUGUCUUUUAAAAAUAUGACAGAAAUCGUUUAUUAACGGAGCAAUCAUUAAAAUGGAGAAAAAUGAAGAUGACAAUAAUGAAAGUAAUAACAAUAGUAAAAAGAACGAAGACAAGCUUCCUUUCGGUAGCAAAGAGAACGCCAUUACAGUAUUGAAUGAUCUCUUUAAACACGGACAGAAUCUUCCUUUUAAUAGCAUUUUGGGUACAUCUAUGGACGAACGCCAAUCUAAAAUGGAUUCAGCGCUCGAAUUGACACAGACUUUCCUUAAAAACAAACCUUCGAUAAUUGGUUGGUUACGUAGUAAUUUGUUUGAGGAAUCCGAAUAUAAUGUACCUAUGGCAUUGUUAUUCAUCUCAUUGUACGAGCAGCAUUCAUUGCCUCAUCAGAAGGAGACAGAAUGUGAUUUUAGUGAAGUGUACCAGUUUCUUUAUAAAAUGACGACAAAUCAGCCGGCAUCACAACUUUCACGCAAUUCCGCGAUUGUGUUACACAAACUAUUAUCAGAAAUAAUAGACGAAAUAUGGCCAAACACACAACCGGACCUUCUGAGAUAUUUAAGUAAAAUACAUAUCUACAGUAGAUCGCCAAUUAGAAGAACAUAUACACGAAAAAAGAAUGGUGCCGGAUAAAAGAAAAUAGCAGAAAACUGUUCGUCUUAGAUCUAAUAAAAUGAUAUAAGUCGUAUUUAUAAUCUUGAAUUCUCCAAAUUUUUAAAUUUUUUUUUGGAGUUUGAAUAUUCGAAAUCCUCGAAAGA